CGGUUGGUGGGAACACGUCCUGCGACUCCUCACUUGGGCACUUGGACUCUGUUUUUCGCUGGGCGCCCCCGCCAGCCUGGGUGCAUUUGAAUUAAAAAUUCAGAUUGAGCUGUCUUAUAAGUGGCUCCUAGAAGAUUCACAGUUGUGUAGGUGGAAAUAGGACUGGAACCAAAAUCAUUGUUCACAUAUACCAGAAAAUCUGGACUCUGAAUUCUUAUCUAAGUCAGAGAGUGACUGACCAACAGAGGUGAGACACCGAGGAUUUUAACAGUUACUGUAAACUUUGGCACAGAUUGCGUAUUUCUCUGAAGACUGGAUCCGAAAAGCAAAAUGAAUGCAAGUACAUGCUAUGGUAGCAUGGUGAAUUCCAGAGAAGCUCGAGAAUUUUGUACAGCUGGGGAAGAAGGCCCAACUCCUGAGAUAAUCUUGGAAGCAGAACUGAUAGAACUUGGAGAAAGUGAUGAAGUAGUUGACCUCACAUCUGAAUCUCUAGAACCUGCAGUGAUUGACUUAACUCACCAUGACUCUGUCGUGGUUACUGAGGAAAGGAGGCGGCCAAGGAGAAACAAAAGGUCACACCAGGGCCAAACUGGCAUCUGUGUGGUAAGCAGUGAAAAGAAGGGGUUGAUGAAGGACAGAGAUAUAUAUGUGACCAACAGUGCUUACCAUAAUGCCCUGGAAAAAGAAACUUUAAGUUGCACUCUACCUGGUUAUAUUCAGUGUCGAAUUUGUAUGGAUGGGUACUUGGAGAUCGAAAUGAGUAGACGACACAUCUAUUCUACAGAAUGUGGCCACAUCUUCUGUAGUCGGUGUCUCUGCAAUUUUCUUCAAUCUGCUAAAUAUUGCCCGGUUUGUUUGAAAAAAAUUGGCUGCCAUCAGUACCAUCGCAUUUAUAUAUGAUGUGUUGUGCUGCUCAGGACAGACAAACCCCUGAUUAGAUUUUUCCAUGUCCUUGUGCAGAAACUAUGGAGAUUUGGCAUCAAUGUUCUGAGCUCAAAAAGCCUGAUUUUAAAAAUUGCUUUCUGGCAUGUAUGAAAAACUCUUUCAUUUCUCACGAACUGAGACUGCUUUUUGGUUCCUUUGGUUUCAUGCUGCAGGUCUGGACUUUUGUUGUUGCAGUGAGUCAAAGACUGGUGGUUGCCCUCAAAGCAAUUUUUCCUUUUUUUCUCAUAGUAAUCAAUUUUUAACUGGCAACAUGUGGGCAUUUUGGAUCAUGUAAAUGAGAGCAACAUCCUAGAGAUGGUGGAGCAAGUAGACAGAAGGAAGCCGGGAGACCGACAAUUGUGCAAACCAGAGCCACAAUACAAGUUUGGACUUUUAUGUGAGAGAUAAAUAAACUUCAUUCUUGUUUAAGCAACCAUUAUACUGGGUCUGUUUAGAGUAGUGAAGCCUUUAUUUUAAUUAAUGGACUAGGCAGGGUGCUGUCUCUGGUUUUCUCUAAAUUUUCUGAUUCCAUUGGAGUGGAAGGAAG